AUGCCUGCCGGUUCUUUGCGUGCCAAGUUGACGGCAAUGUCCCAUCGGAAGGGAAAGCGUAUAGGUAGCGAUACGAAGAAAAAAACGAAAAAGCCCAAGAAACAGAUCGGAGAAGCCGAUAAGCUUCUGGAACGUGACUAUAAUGGGAUCAAUUUGUUUGAAAGAUACCCCAAUUUUGCCAAGUUGCAUGUCGAGAGACUCAUUAUGGAUGAGAAUGUGGAAGAUGAAGAGUUGGAAGAAAACCUACAGAUAAUAUUGGGAGCCAUUCGAUUUCUUAAUAGUCUCCAGUUUCAGGCUUCACGUAUCAAUAAGGAGAAGUUAUUCCGCAAAUUCAAUCAUAACUUCCCACAGCUCGUCAUAGUGGAUCAAUUGUACUGUAUUAUGGCAAAAACCGGCUCAGAGACGUUUAUAGAUCGAAACAUAGAGCAGCUCAUCACGCUGCAAAAGGUUAAACUGAUUGAUCUCAACAACGAGAACUUUAACUUUCGAUUAAUUAUUUUGUACGAAGACUUCUUGAAGGUGGUAAAGGAUACUUUCAAGGACGAAAAGGUAAUGAAGAGGUUCAUCAAUCUUAUAGAGGACUAUCCAAAUUUGUUGCAAAUCGAUGGAGCUUUGUUGAAGAGAUACGCACUUGAUACCACCCAGUUGAUCCAUCUAGGAUUUCUCAGUAUUUCAAGAGAACGGAAGGGUGGUGAUAGUGAGGCUGUCUACAACAUCAGUUUACCCAAUUUGGGGCCUUUUUUAAAGAUCGUUAAUAAGGAUGAGGGGACUGAAUUGGACUUGGUUGCUGAGUGUAAUGGUUGGUUCUGGGCGGUUGGAGUGCUACAGUACGCCAGUAGGAAGGGUGUAUAG